AUGUCGAGUGCAAGAUCCCGCCUCGAACACCACCAACGACACCUGUCAAACCAUGGCCGGCAAGAAUCAGGCACCAUACAUACAGUGUUCACUAAAAAUGCAGCUCCUCCCGCCGGCCCGUAUAAUCAAGCAUUCAUAGCUGCUGGCCAGAUCUUCUGUUCUGGCCAACUGCCCACGAACCCGGACGGUGAGAUGGUUUGUGGAAGCAUUACAGAGAAGACGCAGAGGUGCAUCCAGAAUUUGAAAGCGAUUCUUGAGGAGGCUGGGAGCGAGAUUGGAAAGGUUGUGAAAGUUGUGAUUUUCCUCUCCGAUAUGCGAUACUUUCAAGAGUUCAAUUCCGAAUAUGCCAAGUGGUUCCCACAAAAGCCGGCAAGAAGCUGUGUCGCUGUCAAGACGCUACCUAAGAAUGCUGACGUUGAGAUUGAAGCCGUUGCCAUCCUAUGA